AUGUCGUCUGGACCCUCCAAGAUGCCGUCUGGAACCUCCAAGAUGCCGUCUGGAACCUCCAAGAUGCCGUCUGGAACCUCCAAGAUGCCGUCUGGAACCUCCAUGAUGCCGUCUGGACCCUCGAAGAUGCCGUCUGCAACCUUCAAGAUGCCGUCUGGAACCUCCAUGAUGCCGUCUGGACCCUCGAAGAUGCCGUCUGCAACCUUCAAGAUGCCGUCUGGACCCUCCAAGAUGCUGUCUGGAACCUCCAAGAAGUCGUCUGGAACCUCCAAGAUGCCGUCAGGAACCUCUAAGAUGUCGUCUGGAACCUCCAAGCUGCCGCCAGGAACCUCCAAGAUACCGCCAGGAACCUCCAAGAUGCCGCCAGGAACCUCCAAGAUGCCGCCAGGAACCUCCAAGAUGCCUCUAGGAACCUUCAAGAUGCCACCAGGAACCUCCAAAAUGCCGCCAGGAACCUCCAAGAUGCCGGCAGGAACCUCCAAGAUGCCUCCAGGAACCUCCAAGAUGCCGCCAGGAACCUCCAAGAUGCCGGCAGGAACCUCCAAGAUGCCUCCAGGUACCUCCAAAAUGCCGCCAGGAACCUCCAAGAUGCCGGCAGGAACCUCCAAGAUGCCGGCAGGAACCUCCAAGAUGCCUCCAGGAACCUCCAAGAUGCCACCAGGAACCUCCAAGAUGCCGGCAGGAACCUCCAAGAUGCCUCCAGGAACCUCCAAGAUGCCACCAGGAACCUCCAAGAUGCCGUCAGGAACCUCUAAGAAGUCGUCUGGAACCUCCAAGCUGCCGCCAGGAACCUCCAAGAUACCGCCAGGAACCUCCAAGAUGCCGCCAGGAACCUCCAAGAUGCCGCCAGGAACCUCCAAGAUACCGCCAGGAACCUCCAAGAUGCCGCCAGGAACCUCCAAGAUGCCGCCAGGAACCUCCAAGCUGCCGCCAGGAACCUCCAAGAUACCGCCAGGAACCUCCAAGAUGCCGCCAGGAACCUCCAAGAUGCCGCCAGGAACCUCCAAGAUGCCUCUAGGAACCUCCAAGAUGUCACCAGGAACCUCCAAGAUGCCGCCAGGAACCUCCAAGAUUAAGUUUACACUCGUGUCUCCUAACUCCGUGUCAACCGGCUUGGUGUCGUAA